UUUUUAUUGCAAAUUAUUUAAAUAAAUAUGAAGUUAUUUGUUCUUGCUAUGGUAUCAAUUUUUAAGGGAGGCAAGCUUUAAAAAUAUUUUAAAGAACUGUCAUUAAACUAUUGUUAGUUAGUGUCUCCUGAGGUUAAAAGUCUUAUUGGUUGUCACUUUUUAUUGCAUUAGAAAUUAAAGAAAUGAAAUAUGGAAUGUGUUGCAUUAAAAACAAACUGCGAUUCUCAUGUAACAGCUGGUGAAACAAACUUAACAAUACUCAAGAAGUAUUACAAAGAAGCAUUUAAAUUUAUAAACGAAGGUUUAAAUCUUGAAGAUAAAGGUAAAAAUAGGGAAGCAGUCCUAUGUUACAAAAAAGGUUUAAGAUCCCUUACUGGUGCAAAAACACUUCCUAAUGGAGAGACUGGUUUGACUGAAGAUGAAGCCAACACAUACAAAGAGAUUCUUGCUAAGAUCACCAGAGCACAGAAGGAAGUUCUUCUCCGAUUAGAAACUUUGGGUGAUGGAGAGUCCUCAGAAAAUCAAUCAUUAAACAAUAUAGAAACUUUAAAAUCACAAUCAGACACUGUCAUGCCAUCAGCACCACCCUUGUAUCCUGAAAUUCCAUUGCCAAGUACAAAAACUAAGGAGGUUUCAAAUACAAACCAAGUGAACGGUCAUCAUGAAACAAAAAACGCAAUACAAAAAGAUGAAUCAAGUAUGAACGAUACUUGGCAGGAUGUAAAAGAACUUCUUAAAAUUGAAGAAGGUGUUCGUUUGUUUCAUGUGGAUGAUAAAGGUGACGUCAGUACAUGGGUAUCUCCUUGUGUGUUAAAUGUUUUUCAAAUCAUAAAAGAAAGUUUAGAAAACAUAUCUCCUGCAGCCUUUAUGAAAUGUGGUGAAUGGGUCUAUCCAAUGGAACCUGGAAAGUCACCAGUCUUAAGAACCACACCUAGAACAUAUAUGUUUCCUGAUGUCAGUAUAGAAGAGAAAAAAGAUGUAUCACAGAUGCCCUGCGUUGGUGUUGUAUUGUCUGAGUUUGUUCCUGAUGCAGUUGUAAAAAGAUUUGAGCGCAUUCUGUCGUGUUACUGUGACUUUCGCAAGGAAGUUUCAAAAGAAUUUAAAGAAAAACCCAAACGACCUCCACCUCCUGCCAUCAUGAACACAAGAAAAGAAGUGCGAAAUGGACAUUUGUCACCAACUACAGGAGCUGUUGUUGAAAGCGAUGUCAUUAUAGCAGAGUCUGGUGUUAGAGAUAUGGAUAUUGUUACUGAUCGAAAUUUGGCUGACAAAAUAUCAGCCGGUAUAAGUGUUGGCUCACAGUGGAUCUCCUGGGGACUAGUAAAAGGUGCGGAAUAUACAGGAAUCCUUGUUGAAAAGGGUGCAGCAACACUUAGAGAGAAAAUCAAACGGAACGAGGUAGCAACUGCUGUUGAUGAAGAUAUUUCUAAUAAUAUCCGUCAGUUGCAUCAAGCUACUGGUUCUGUUGUGCAAGUCAGUGCUUUUCUAGUCUCAGCGUUGGGGACGUUGACAGUGAAUCUUGGAAAAAAGCUUGCACCACAUGUGAUGUAUCAUGGACAACAGUUACUUCCUGAUAAAUACAAGGUUGAAAAUAACGAAAGUAGUCAGAAGAAGUUAGACGAAGCUAAAAAAGUGGCUGCUGCUGGUUUGCAAGGUUUUGGUCUAAUUUAUCUUGCAUUGGAACAAGCUGGCAUGAAUUUGUACAAAAGUAUAUCAUUAGCAACAGUGGAAACAGUGCAACAUAAAUAUGGAGAAGAAGUUGGUGACGUCACUCAAAAUGUGAUGGGCGCUGCAGGGAACACUCUGAAAACAUAUUGGAAUGUAAAAGAAUUGGGUGUUAAAGCGAUAGCUAAACGUGCUGCAAAGGAUACUGGGAAGGCUAUGGUUUUGGACAAGCAAGAUGAAACGAAAGCAAUACUUCAGUAAAUCUGUACGUUCUUUACACGAGAAUUCGAAACUGUAGUCGAUAAAAUAGUGGAAAAUAUUGUGCAGUAAUUGGAUUUUACCCAAACUUCAACAUGAAAAAGACGCAUCAAACGAAAUUGUCAUCGGUAGUGAACAAAAAAUACACCACUGAGAUGUACUUGAAAAAUCAUUUCACUGUUUUACCUUUCAUAGAAUUUUAUUUAUAACUGGAUUUUUUUAGAGUAAGGCAGUGUUUUGUAGGAACUGCACAGAAAUAAGUUGUCUAACAUUCAUGUUGUUGUGCAAGUCAGUUACCAGUAUAUUUCUUCUACUUUUUUUAUGAACAACUGUUUUUUGCACUUCACCUCAAUCAUUGUUUAGCUACUUCGAAAAAAAGGCCCAUAAAAUUGUUCAUUGCUUACCUGGAUAAGUUUAUCAGACAAAUUGUUUAUUUCAUUUAUACUAUUAUUUCUCACUUAUUCGCCCCAAACAAAUUAUUAAACAGUUGUUUAAAUUUGGAGUUGUUUAUAAAAAAAAUGUAUAUCAAUAUGACCGGGUUGGUUGUGUCAAAUUUCUCUUAAAGCAGGUCAUAGAAAACAUAAAAAUAUAAAAAUAUUAGGAAAUGCAACCAACCUACAUUUAGCCCGUCAUUUCUACUUCAUACGAUGAAAUAGAAUGUGGAUAAAUUUAUCAGUAUUAUCGUUGUUGUGCUUACCAAACAUUUUCCAUUUAGAUUUUCAAGUAUAUAUUUUUGUAAAUAUUUUGUAUUAUACUCUAUAAUCUUUGUAUAUUUCUUACAAAUAACAAUCUUUUGAAUUACUGUAGAGCAAAUGAAAUGACAUAAAUAGAACAAAAAAACCUGUUGGUUCAUAAGUCAAUGCUAUUGUAAAUAUCUAAUUCAUGGUUUUUGAACAGGACUAUAAAAUAUACUUCAUGAAAUUUUAUACGCCAUAAUAAAUA